CUUAGCGAAUCAGACCGCCCGCCCACUCCGGGGGGGAGAAAGUGCUGCUUUGUGAAUGAAGGGAUCGGCGGAAGGAGCAGAAAGCAAACUUUUUCCCAAAGCAGAAAAACGCCGUUGUUUUCCUCCACGUUUCGGCGUGAAGAAGCUUCCACGACACACACGGAGCGUCACGGGAACACCACGCGAGAAGCUGCUCCACGAUGAUGGCGCUCACUAUUCUGUGUCUGUUCCUGGUGACCCUGGCUCAAGGCGAGCCCUGCCUCAUCAUCAGCGAGAUCAACGCCGACAACCCCAGACUGGACACGAGCGAAUUUGUGGAAUUGUACCACACCAGCGGGCAGCGCUCCUCGCUGGACGGAUACACUCUGGUCUUCUAUAACGGCAACGGAAACGUGGCUUAUAAAGUCUUAGACCUGAAGGGCCACAGCACCGACGACAGGGGCUUCUUCCUGGUGGGCUCGGUGGAAAUGCUGCCCAAACCCGCCAUCCUCCUGCCUCCCAACACCGUCCAGAACGGUCCGGACGACGCCAUCGCGCUCUAUCACACGUCCGCGGCUCGUUACGUCGAGAAGAUGAACGUCACUGCCGCGGGUUUGGUGGACGCCGUUGUUUAUACGACGCGCAAGACGGGCGGUGCCGAGGUCCUGGCUGAGAUCCUCACCCCUGGGGAGCGGGCCUUUGUCGAGGAUGAAACCGCCCUGGAGGGGGACGAAUCCAUCGAGAGGUGUUUGUUGUCUGAAGAUCGCUGGGGCUUCCGGGUGUCCGCUCCCUCCCCGGGCCAGAGGAACAACUGCACGCCGUCCGCCGCACCGUCAAGCCUUCCCGUCAUCACCGAGCUGAAGCUGGGCGGAGGUCAGGUGGACGGCUUGGUGGAGCUAACGUCGACGACCGACGCCGGUCCUCUCGUGUUGGUGGUGCUGAACGGGAAAACGGACAGAGUCAGCUUCAGUUUCAACGUGAAUGUGGACACCUCCAGGAACGGACUCAUCUCCGUGACGGUCGACAAGAGGUAUAUGAAAGGAGACGAGUCUGGGGCGGUCGCCAUAUAUAGCGGUACGACUUCGGAGUUUCCUGUGGGCAGCCCGUUAAGUCAGAUCGAGCCUCUGGACUCGUUUGUGUUCGCCGGCCCCGGAGACAGACCCAGUGCCAACCUCACGGAGACCCUCAUCCCCGGCAGGCAGCCCUAUCAGCUCAGCAACAGUUUAAAAGAGGGAGGCUUCGACCUCAGCCGUUGCGGCAUGGCCACGUGGACCAGAGACCCCGGCGUCUUCUGGGAGGCCCCGCAAACCCCGGGGCAACCCAACCAAUGCCCCUGGCCAAAAAUCUGCCCUCACACUAUGGUAGUUCCAGGAGGCGGUGCAGAUACAUCCCCACACCUGCCGUCUUGGGGGACUGGUGACUUCUUGAUCAACGAGCUGAACACAGACACUCCCGGCAUGGCUGAAGACGGCGAGUACUUGGAGCUGUGGCACCCAUCCGGACGCCGCGUGUCCCUGCAGGGCAUCUGGGUUCUUUUUUUUAGCGCGCACAACAACAAACCCUACAGAGAGAUCAGCCUCAGUGGACACUUCACCACCGCCAAGGGCUACUUCCUGCUGGGCAGCGACAGGCUGGUGCCUGCGCCUUCUAUCCGCCUGCCUCCCAACACUAUCCAGAACGGACCGGACGCCGUGGCGCUGUACCGCAGCCCCUUCGGGCCCCCGUCUUCGCAGCAAAGGGGGAUCCCCACCAAAGGGCUCCUGGAUGCUGUGGUGUAUCGCAAGAUGGGAUCUGAUAAGGAGGCGCAGGAGCUGAGCAAGGCGCUGACACCUGGACAGCUUGCCUUACUGGAGGAUCCGGAGGUUCUUCCCGGUGACGAGUCGCUCAGCCGCUGCAGAGGCCUUUACCCCUAUGACCUGUCUUCAUUUUCAGUAGCUCCGCCCACUCCGCUGAGGGAGAACAGCUGUCCCCGCCCUCCUCCGGUUCCGGAGGGCGUUGUGCUCAACGAGGUGGCGAGUGGCCACUGGACCAAUCACGGCCAGCAACGGUCCUUCGUGGAGUUGCGCGGCCCCCCGCUGACCGAGCUGCGUGGUCUGGUGCUGGUCAUGUUUGACCAGGAACACAGCGGCAGGAUCGUUGCGCUUCCUCUGACUGGAUUUAUCGACGAUGACGGGUAUUACACGGUCGGCAAUGUCACUGAAGCGGAUCAGACUUUCCCAGAAGGCGAAGAUGUGCCGGCCCGAGGAGCGGUCCUCCUGUGCUACGACCUGUUCAGCGUCUGCAGAGCUGCCACCGCCCUGACCAACUCCAGUCGGCGCGACGAGCUGAUAUUCGGCGACGUCCAGCUGCUGCUCUCCUCGACGUCCGCUAGAGGGAGCCAGAUCAUUCCGGCUCUCAGGUCAGUCCAAAACGGCGCCGUCUCUCUCAGCCGCUGUGCGUGCUGCGAUGCGAGGAGCCCUUCUUCGUGGACGACGUCUUCGCCGACGCCUCAGACCGUCAACAUCUGCCCCAGCAUUGCCUUCUCCAGUCACAUCGACGUUUGCCUCGGACCUCCGUCCAGUGGCUGGCCGGAGAAUUCGGGAGACUGCAGUGGUCUCAGUCUGGGAAGGAGGAUCGUCCAAGUGGCCCACUAUCUGGAGCAAAAGUGUCUCUGUGGAAUAUCCGCUUUCUCACUCCAAGGGGCGAAUUUCUCGUGUGUGUCUGGCUGGUUGCGAGUGUGGGGAAAUAUCCUGGCCUUUUCGGACCACCAGAAGGCCCUCAUCAUCCAGAUGUCCCCCGGGAAGCUCCCGCAUGACGAUGGUUGCCCCGCCCCCACCACUGACAGCCGCACCGGCACAGGGUCCAGCCUGGGUUUACAGGUUGGUCUGGUAGUCGGCCUGCUCGUGCUCCUCGCGCUUGGAGCAGCUCUUGUCACUUAUUUCUACAAAAGGAGGCGUCCUUUGGACUACGCCACCAUGGAGCUGAGCGAGCACGCAGAGGGUCUCUCAGAUCUAUAGUAAUCGGGGGCUCGUUUAAGUUGUUUGCAUGUGACUGUGAGUGUGUUUAAAAAGUUACGAAUCAGCUGUUUUGGAACAUAUUUUUAUAAUGGUCAUUGUUUGUGAACAGUACUGGUUACUACUAUGAAAGGGAAAGAGGUACGAAGGGAAGAGGGUAGGAGUGGGCAGGUUGAAUGGUAAUACUUGAGAGAAAUAGUUUUUUUUUGUGGGGGGGCUUCAAAAUGAUUUAAUUAAGUGAAGCGGGAUGUUCUCGGCAUUGAGUGGCCUUUCCUUUUUUUUUUUUUUUUUUUUAUUCUUACCUAGUGUAAGUACAGUGAACUAAGGCCUGCCACAAAAAUAUACAGUUAGUAGAAAAUGUUUAUAUUUGCUUAUAUGGAGAGUUUAUAAUUUGUCGCAAGCCGCGUGUUAGUUUUGGACACUUAAUGACUGUGAAAACUAUGUAAAUGUAUUGACGUGUACACGAUUGAUCCUGCAUUU